AUGACAUGGAAAGAUUAUCUUGAUGUUUUGGAAGAGUAUGUUGAAAUGAAAUUUGAAAGACAAGAGUUGAAUGAUUGGCUAAAGCAACUUGUUGUGGAUUUGGAAAAUGUAAAUUUAGAACAUUAUGAAAAUAAAAGUGAUUUAAUGUUAUUUGAACAUUUUAAAAGAAUCAAACAAUUUCAACAUGGUGAUGAUAAUGCUAUUGAUAGUAAUAACAAUCCUACUAAAAGCAACAAUAGUCAUGAUUUAAACAAACGAAUUCAACCAAAACUAGAUAUAACAAACACAAAAUCCAAAUCAUUAGGUUUACAAAAAUGUCCUCCGAUUUCUGAAGAUUUAAUUAAGUUAAACAUUAAUUGGUUAAGAAAUACCAGUUAUUUGGAUGAGACUUAUUAUCAGCAAAUAAAUAAAUCUUUACGAAAAAACAAUAAAAAAAUGAAUUUGACCAAUAACGAGGCAGAAACAGGUUUAUUAGGAUGGAUCUGUGUCACUGCACCAUUGAUGGUCUUUUUUUUUAUAAUUGAUGUAUUGUGGAGCAUCUUGUCAAAAAACUUUUGGGAGAUUGGAUUCAUCUUAGGAUGGUUUAUAACAGUCAUAUUUGUUGAUGAUAAGAAUAUCAAUAAUAGAGAAAAAUCUCAAAAUAAUGAAGAAAAUCCCAAAAGAAUAAUUGUCAAUAGAAAAAAACGUUUGAUUAGAAGAAGAGUUGUUAAUAAUGGAAAUUAA